AUGGCUGCCACAGCAACACCACUUCCUGAAUCAGUUGUCCAGCAAUUUCGCGAAUUGGAUCGUGUUCGACGGGAGCAGGACGUUGUUGUGAAGAAAAUAAAUAAAAUCCACUCUAAAUUAAGCCAAACCCCACGAGAGACGGCAGAACGCUUUGGAGAGAAGCUGUGGAUAAAGCUACGGGGAUUCUACGUCGAGGCCAAACGCCUUGCAGAUCUUGAAGAAAGUCUCUGUACCUCUUGCAUCAGAGAACUCGAUCCGUCACAAGUUUCAGCCAUUUCAGCUCCGCACGGAACCAAAAAGAAAUCAGAUGGCCCUUUGGAAGGUGGGAGGAAGAAGCGCCAACGCACAGUUUCAGUCGCUGAUGGAGCAGCCGGUGGAGACGGCGGUCCAGGAAAUUCUCUAGGGCUGAACUCAUCUGCUGCUGGCUUAAAUGAUGGCGCUUCUGCAGCGUCAGCUGAUGCCCUGACACGGGUUGUGGUGGGAGAGCAGGUCGCAGCACGAGUGUCUGCCACUGAGGAUGGCAAGGAUGAAUGGAUUGUUGUAAAGGUUCUCCGCAUCGACCGGGAGGCGAAUAGGUUUGACGUGAUUGAUGAGGAGCCAGGGGAGGAGGAUGAGGGUGGGCAAAGAAAGUACCGCCUGUCUGGCUCCUGCAUCAUCCCGUUCCACAAGCGCAAUGAGUGGAUGUCAGCCUCCGACUUUCCUCCUGGGUCCAGAGUGCUCGCGGUUUUCCCCAGCACCACGGCACUUUAUCAAGCAACAGUUGUUGGGCAACCACGCAAGCGGAAAAGCGAUGACUACUCAUUGGAGUUCGAUGACGAUGAGGAGGAGGGCGUGGAAGGUGUACCUCGCAGAACUGUCCCAUUCAAUCAUGUCGUAGCACUCCCCCCUCCUAACCCUAGGUCAUACACUAACCGGCAAUAG